AUGGAGUAUCCUGUUGUAAAUGUAUCUAACAUAGAACCAGCAAUAGAGGGAACUAACAUCACCAUACCGUGUUAUGUAUCAGCUACGUCUGAGGUGACUAAAAUAACUUGGUACAAAAAUAACAGUAUAUUAGAUAUUUAUGGUAACGAUCGAUUCAGCGGUGGAACUGUAUCUUCACCACCAUUGAAAAUAUACUUUGUAGAGGAAAGCAACGAGGGAAACUAUACUUGCCAGGCGACAAAUCCAGUAGGAACUAACAAAAGUAAACCCACACUUUUGCAAGUUCUUCCAGACAUACCCAUAGUGCUGACAUCGGAAGAGGAAGCUGUAAACAUUGGAGAUAAUGUUACUUUAUCAUGUAAUAUCUCAUCUGUAUCUAAACUGACAAAAGUAGUAUGGUCCAAAGAUAACAUUGAAUUCAACUUGAAUGUCAAUCAUACUGAAGAUAAUGAAAUACUAAGUGGAGGAAGAACACUACAAGAUCAUUCGUUGACUAUCAAUUCCGUACAAAUAACGGACGAGGGAAACUACACUUGUAAUGCAACAAAUGCUGCAGAACAAACUGGAUGGAGCGAUCCAUUACAUCUUUCAGUGAUUGAAGGUAUGUAA